CGUUGGCACACAAAAUACUACGACAGGGGUAUUACUGGCCCACGCUGAAAAAGGACACGUUUAACCUAGUCAGGAGGUGUGUUAAGUGUCAAACGUUCGCCCCUAACUUGAAACAACCGGCUCAUCCGCUUACCUCAGUUUUCAGCCCCUGGCCGUUCGCCAAGUGGGGGAUCGAUUUAAUCGAACCCUUACCAACAGGCAAGGGAGGAGUCAAAUACGCGGUCGUAGCGGUCGAUUACUUUAUUAAAUGGGCGGAGGCCGAGCCUUUGGCCACGAUAACCGAGCAGAAGAUGGUAGACUUUUUGUGGAAAUCAAUCAUUUGUCGUUUUGGUAUUCCCCAUUCUGUGGUAACUGAUAACAGACGACAGUUUGAGGGAAAGAGAUUCGGCACGUUUUGUGAAGAGCUGGGGAUUCGACAUCAUUUCUCUACCCCUUACCAUCCGCAGUCAAACGGGCAAGCAGAGGCCAUCAACAAAAUUAUUAAACAAGGUUUGAAGGUACGACUGGAAAGCUCAAAAGGGGCCUGGCCGGAGGAGCUCCCGAACAUCUUGUGGUCAUAUCGGACCACAACAAGAUCGGCGACGGGAGAAACACCGUUCUCGUUAGCAUAUGGGGCAGAGGCAAUGGUCCCGGUCGAAAUCGGGUCAGAAACGUAUCGAGUAAAGAAUUUUGAAGAGGAAGCGAAUAGCGAGGGAUUGCGAACGGGUUUGGACUUAAUAGAAGAAGCGCGGACGCAAGCCGAACUAAAGAACGUAGUAUACAAACGGGCGACCGAAAGACACUUCAACGCAAGAGUCAAUUCUCAUGGAGUCCAUCAGGCGACUGUCAUAGGUUUUCUCAUCGUCAUCCGCGAUCACGGCCGAAAUCUUUAUCUCCUCGGGCAGAGCCAGCCGCUCGAAUUUGAUAUCACGAAUAGCCUCGAGGUCCAUCAGAGUCUUCCCUCCAUCCUUCAUCGCAUGGAUUACCCAGUUCAGUUCGAGCGCCGCGUUCAAGUCCAUGUCGGCCAGGAAUUUGUCCGUCUUGUUAUACUCUUGCAACCCAACCGAACGGCCCUUCUCGAAGCUGUCUUCAUACGAGCCGCGGGAUUGUCCCGCUCCCUCCAACUCGGACCGGAGUCGCUCUUGUUCGGCCAGCGCC